AUGGAGCAUUCGAACGUCUUAGUCGAAAAACUCAAACAAUUGCAGGAGAAUGAAAUAUUCGAUAUUCUGGAAUUGAUGAAAUACUGCACUCUCGAUAUAAUUGCAGACAUAGUAGUAGGAGUUUCUCUACAUUCUCAGACUAGGAACGAUCAAGAAUAUCUGUCUGCAAUACACAGAAUUCUGAAAUAUUUUCCUCAAUGGCUAUUUAAUCCAAUGUACUGGUUUUUCCCAAUUUUCUUCAUGAGUAAAAUAGGAAAAAAUUAUAAAAGGGACGCUGAAAUAAUUCAUCGUUUCGACGAAAAGGUGUUCAAGAGAAAAAAAGAAAAUUCUGUGAAAAAAAUGCAGCAGCAACAUUCCUUAGACAUAGAAUCAGGUAAUGAAGAAGAACCAAAGACGAAAGCAAAACAGCGUAUUAUCGAUUCCCUGUUGGAUCUUCAUGUCAAACAAGGUUUAAUAUCGGAAGAAGACGUUAUCAGAGAUAUGGAAGGCGCUAUUUUUGCGAAAUACUAUGAUUAUAUGGCCGACAGUUCGAUAAAGCCUACUCGCCUUUCGUAUAAAAUGUAUACAAUUGACGAAGAAAAAGGUCCAUAA